AUGAGCCCAAACAGGUCUCCAGAGAACAGCACUGAGGGAGAUGCUGGGAGAACAGAAUGGAAGCCCAUGGUGAGAGAUGCUUUCAAAGACAUUUCCAUAUACUUCACCAAGGAAGAAUGGGCAGAGAUGGGAGAAUGGGAAAAAAUCCGAUAUAGGAAUGUGAAAAGGAACUACGAAGCGCUGAUUGCUAUAGGUAACACGAAAGCCACUCAACCAGGUUUCAUGCAUCACCGCAGGCAGGUCCUCAAACCCCAGGUAGAUGACACUGAGGAUUCUGAUGAAGAAUGGACACCAAGGCAACAAGGUAAACCUUCUGGGAUGGCCUUCAGAAGGGAGCCCAGUAAACACCAGAAGAGGUUGUCCAGGGGACCAUUAAAUAAGGUAUCUAGUUUGAAGAAAUUGCCGGGAGCAGCAAAAUUUCUGAAGAAAAGUGGCUCCAAACAGGCUCAGAAACCAGUGCCCCCUUCCAGAGAAGCGAGGACCCCUGGAAAGCACCCCAGACACAAAGUUGAACUCAGAAGAAAGAAGACCAAAGUGAAGAGGUACAGCAUACGAGAAAGAAAGGGCCAUGUGUACCACGAGGUCAGCGAGCCCCAGGAUGACAACUACCUGUAUUGUGAGGAAUGUCAGAACUUCUUCAUCGACAGCUGUGCUGCCCAUGGGCCCCCAACCUUUGUAAAGGACUCUGCAGUGGAAAAGGGGCAUGCCAACCGCUCAGCCCUCACUCUGCCCCCUGGGUUAAGUAUCAGGCCAUCGGGCAUCCCUAAGGCUGGGCUUGGAGUGUGGAACGAGGCAUCCGAUCUGCCACUGGGCCUGCAUUUUGGCCCCUACGAGGGUCAGAUCAUAUACAAUGAAGAGGACUCCCACAGUGGAUACUGCUGGAUGGUCACCAAAGGGAGAAACAGCUACGAGUAUGUGGAUGGAAAAGACACGUCUUUGGCCAACUGGAUGAGGUAUGUGAACUGUGCCCGGGAUGAUGAGGAGCAGAACCUGGUGGCCUUGCAGUAUCACGGGCAGAUCUUCUACCGAACCCGCCAGGUGGUCAGGCCGGGCUGUGAGCUGCUGGUCUGGUAUGGGGACGAGUAUGGCAAGGAACUCGGCAUCAAGAUGGACAACAGGGGGAAGAGCAAGCUCUCGGCCCGGAGAGAACCAAAGCCCAAGAUCCACCCAUGUGCCUCCUGCUCUCUGUCCUUCUCCAGUCAGAAAUUCCUCAGCCAACAUGUCCAACGCAAUCACCCCUCUCAGAUCAUCCUGAGGCCAUCUAUAGGAGACCACCUCCAACCAGAGGAUCCCUGCCCAGGCAGUCAAAAUCAGCAGCAGCAAUAUUCUGAUCCACACAGACCGAGUGGCAAACCAGAGGGUCGAGAGCCCAAGGAAAGGCCCCAUCCUUUGCUGAAAGGCCCCAAACUUUGCAUAAGGCUGAAGAGGAUUUCAACAGCCUCUUCCUACACACCCAAAGGACAAAUGGGGGCUUCUGAGGUGCAUGAGAGAAUGGCCGAAGAGCCCAGCACAAGCCAGAAGCUGAAUCCAGAGGACACAGGCAAAUUAUUCAUGGAGGCAGGGGUCUCAGGGAUUAUAAGACUCAAGUACGGAGAGCAUGAGCAAGGCUCCAAGGAUAGGUCAAGUCUAAUCACACCUGAGAAGAUACACACAGGGGAGAAGCCCUAUGUUUGCAAGGAGUGUGGGAAAAGCUUCAUUUGGAGGUCAGAUCUCACCAAACAUAAGAGGACACACACAGGGGAGAAGCCUUAUGUUUGUGGGGAGUGUGGGCGAGGCUUCAGUGAGAAGUCAAAUCUCACCAAACAUAAGAGGACACACACAGGGGAGAAGCCCUAUGUUUGUGGGGAGUGUGGGCGAAGCUUCAGUUUGAAGAAAAAUCUCAUUACACACCAGAGGACACACACAGGGGAGAAGCCCUAUGUUUGUGGGGAGUGUGGGCGAAGCUUCAGUUUGAAGAAAAAUCUCAUUACACACCAGAGGACACACACAGGGGAGAAGCCCUAUGUUUGCAGGGAGUGUGGGCGAAGCUUCAGUGAGAAGUCACGUCUCACCAGACAUAAGAGGACACACACAGGGGAGAAGCCCUAUGUUUGUGGUGAUUGUGGGCAAAGCUUCAGUUUGAAGUCAGUUCUCAUCACACACCAGAGGACACACACAGGGGAGAAGCCUUAUGUUUGCAGGGAGUGUGGGCGAAGCUUCAGUGUGAUGUCCAGUCUCAUCAGACACCAAAGGACACACACAGGGGAGAAGCCCUAUGUUUGCAGGGAGUGUGGGCGAAGCUUCAGUGUGAUGUCCAAUCUCGUCAGACACCAAAGGACACACACAGGGGAGAAGCCCUAUGUUUGCGUGGAGUGUGAGUGAGUCAUGACCAAUAAACCACAUCCUAGCCACAGGAGGAUUACUGCAGCCACCCCAUGCCUCAGCUCUAAGGGGGCCUCAGAGCAGGUUUAUGAUCCGUUACUGUCACCAAGAGUAUGAGGAGAGACUUCCCAGAUGGUCCAGUGGCUACUACUCCAAUGCGUAGAGCCAUGUUCAAUACCUGAUUUGGGAACUACCUCCCACAUGCAGCAACUAAGACACAGUGCAGCCAUGUAAAUAAACACAUAAGCAAAUAUUUUACAGAAGCAGUGUGAUGAACACAGAAUUAAUUGAUUAAACACACCUUCCACUUUCAUGACAGGAGAGGAGGUAGAUAAACAGCAGAUGGUUUCUUAAGUGUUCUGUAGAUAUUCAUGCCAAUUGCCUUCACGGUUUUUUGUACUUCUUCUAAUAAAUUUUGUCUCCAAACAAAUCUGAAGCCCAGACUACGUACUCACCCCCCCCCCUUAUUACUGACAGCAGUGGGGUCCAGUGAUAGUGAACCCCUGGGAAGGCAUUGUUCUGGAGCCAACUCAGUUAGGUCACUGGACAGUCACUUCCAGGGUCCAGGGAGAGGAAUCUAGGAUUUGAGACAGACUCAUCAGGGAAGAGAAAACUCUGGCUUCCUGGGAGGUGUGGCCUCUCCUCCCUAUAGACCUAGACUCUACUUUGGCCUCUCCUGGUUGCCCUCUGUCUUCCUCUGACUUCUGUAGCCCCAAAAGUGAAGGCCACGUGCAUGUGUAUGUGUGCAUGUGCAUGUGCCUCGCUCAGCCUGGGCCAUCUGGUCUCCCUCACUCUGUCUUUGCCACUUCAGCAGGGUCAUCACAGCAUCUGGACUCCAGA